UAUCCCAAUAAUCUGCUGUCGUCUUUUCUGUCCAGGUACGUGUCGGCGCUGACCACGCCAGCACGGCUGUCCCCGGUGGAGUUCCACUACCCCCCGUUGCCACCCCAGGUGCCCACCUUCCAGAUCACCUCGCCCAACACAAGCCACGCCCUCUCCCUGCCCCCCGCUGCUGCCGCCUACCACAGAGACGACGACCAGCCACUGCUACGAUGCCCAGAUGACGGAAGUUUAUACAGACAGCCCCGGCGUCCGCGGCGACCCUACCUGACGGAGAGCACAGGAAGUCUACCGUCCAGCCCCUACCGUCUCCCAGAUGACGAGGCCUACGAGACCACGCAAGAGUACGCCUCUUCACGGGAACCCAUCCGGAGCCGGCGCCGCCCGAGACGCAAUCGCCUCAAUGGACACAUCUCCCAGCGUUCGACAGGCCUACGGGACUACAGCUCACAGAGCUUCAGCCAGUCAGAGGAGGAGGAGGAAGAGGAGGAGGAAGAGGAUGCUCACGGGGAGAGCACGCCUUUCCUUAGUAUGCAGAACAUGAACAUGGACCCACCUUUAACCGUUCCGGGUUACCGCUCGUCAUCCGGUGCGGACACACGGACUCACCGCGGGCUGAGUCGGCCGGGGACACGCAGCAACGGGCAGAGCCGCGGCUCCCAGUCGCAGCGCUCCAAGGCUGACAACAUGCCCCUUUAAGACUUAACCCCCUCCCCCCCGCCACCACCCACCCCUCCACCUCACACACUCCCCUUCCUCCUACACACAACCAGUGGACUAGAGACCUGCACCUAGGAGAAAUAUUUUUAUUUUGUAUAACAGACAGAUAUUCUAAACAAAUGAAAUAUUUAUUUUCAUUUCAGCAAAAAUUGUCUACUAGCUAACAGCAAAGACUUUUUUUAUAACGGGGGGGAAAUAUUUAUAUGUAAAGUUUUUUGAUUUACAGCAUUAUGAGAGAUGAAAAAAUAAGAGAAUUACGUGCCAAUUUUUUCACAAGUUAGAUAAAUAGAAUAAUAUUGUGGUGCCUUUUGCUGUAUGCUGAAGUCGGAGGUCCCAUUGAGUUUUUGUAGCCUUUCUUAUAAAGACUCCUCGUUUUUAUAGAGACCAACCCUCUUCCUUCCUUUUGCUUUGGUUUUCUCUCUGAUUUGGGAUCUUCCUCUUUUUGAACUGUGAUCUGAUUAUGUCAUCAUGCAAUAUUGAUUCCUCCUGUGUAAAAGGUGUCUGUUUACAUGAGUAUGAUCCACGCGAUGCGCUCGUUUCACAGGGACAUUAGUCACUGACGCAACCGGAAGUGUAGGGUAGUUUUUCUUGGAUGAUUUUUUUUUUUUUGGAUGAAUCACAUUGGUCAUUUAUGUCCUCGUUCGCUGCCUGUCAGUCAUUUGUUGUUAUUUCUGUGAAAACAAGAGUGUUAGGGAAUUGUUGAGGGGAAGUAAUUCCAGAUUCCUGUGUCGGUGUUCAGGGUGCUGCCAUGACAUUGGUGGUGGUUGCAGUGUGUGUGUGUGUGUUUGUGUGUGUGUGUGUGUGUACGUGUGUGUGUAUGUACACCUCAUGAAGCCUCAUUUGGUCGGCGCCUCCGUUCACCUCAGAAAGUGUGGUCCCUUGUUUGACUGACAUGCUCCUCUCACCAAUCCUCACGCUGCCAGAAGCUCCAUUGCACUGUAAGAACCUCCCUCCGUGAGCAGUCAUUGGCCAGGGAGCUGCCGAUCCAAACCGAACCUAACCAAUCCAGUUGUAAUCCAGCCUGACUCUGGCCUCCCGUGGACUGCCCAGCCCGCCCGUUUCCUAUGCCAGCAGCUUAGAGCCGCACUGUGUCUCAGGACUUCCCCAUCACAUCACAGCCAAAAGACUCAAAGCAGAGAGCGCACGUCAUCUCAGUCACAGUUCAGUCCGCAGGCCAGAUCCACGUCCCCUCACUGUCCUUCCUGUCUGUCCAUCAGGUCUGUUGCGUUCACUCGUGGCCAUGAUUAAAGGGAGCGUGGGUGAAAAAACUCUUGGAAUCAGAAGGGAGAUUAAGUUGCUUUUUUAUUUUACUUCAAAGGUUGUGUGUGUGUGUUUGUGUACGCAGGCAUAUGUGUGGGUCACGAUGACAAUGAAAAAAAUUAUGCGGAGACCACAUCUGUUCACUAUGUUGCAGGGGCGUAGCUAGGAAUUCUGGGCCCCCCUGAGAGGAGGAUAUUGCUCUGGGUUCUCCCCUUUUCUUUCUCUUUUUUUUAACUUAUAUAAACCUACUGGAAACUUUACGGGCCCUCUCCAGCUGUGGGCCCCUGGAAUCGCCACCACCUUUCACCCCUGUAGCGAUGGCACUGCUCUCAUGGGGGACAAAAAAUAGUUAGCGGGUCGCUGCGUGCAGGUUCACACUGCUAGAGAGCGAGUUUCUGAGUGUGAUUCUACUUUUUUUUCUUUAGCUCACAGCCAAACGGUGGUAUAUGAUAAUACUGAUUACUGCAUCCUUGAUUUGCAUUCCUAUACCUUUUAUUGAUUGAACUUCUUUUGCUUGGUCAUAUUGACUGAAUGAUCUAUUAUCUGUCUGUCUCUGUCUGCCCCCCCCCCUUCCACCUCACAUCACCCCUCACCUCCAUGUCUUUCUUACCCCCUUACCGACCUUCAGAAGCAACUAGCGGAUGAAUUUAGGGCCCAUCUCCAGACGAGUACACUGAACAGCACACUGACAGUAGGCUGAUCACGUCAGAAACUCUUCACCUUCAGAUAUACAUCGGGUUUAGAGACCCCUUUCAAGCUCACCGAGGUAAAUGAUACUGUGUCAGAUACAAUAUGUGUCCCUAUUAGAGUUGAUUUCCAAUACGUAGAGUUCUUUUCCUUCUUUUUCACACAGGAGAUGCAUGGAUCACAGAUAUAGAAAGUAUCUUAAAAAUGGCGACAAACCCCCUCAGAUUCAGGGGAAUCAUGCUAGAAAUUUAUAAAAACAUUAUUUGGGUUCACGGCCCAAAGGUCUGGCUAGUUUUGUCUUAAUAUCACUGUAAUCAAUCUGGGAUUUGCAAUGUGGAAAUACUGCAAGUGAGGGUAGUGUGCUUCUAGAGCUAGUUGAAUUGUUAACACCCCCCUCCGCCCUCUUUCUCCUCACCCUGCACUCCCCCCUUUGCCCUUCACACACACACAUACAUUUCACAUUCCUCACACAAACUGACACACACACACACACACCCACAGACACACACACACACACACACACACACACACACACACACACACACACAUAUGCACACACACAAACACAGAGCCCUACCAUGUUUGUGUUUGUCAAGCAGUUUGCCUUCGUCUUUUUUACUCCCUCUUUCCUCCCCUCUCUUCCCCCUUCCUCCCUUUCCCUACCUCCCCUCUCCUCCCCUCUCCUCCCCUCUCACCCCGACCCCUCUGCAUGUCCUAGUGGUACUGGUAGUUGGGUGCAUGGAAAAAGCAGCAAGCAAAUCGUUUUUCCACUCGGUGAAAAAAUAAAAAAAACGUGUCUUCAUUUUAACAUUCAGCAAUAAAUCCCCUUCUCUUCAUGUCCAUCAUUCUUGGAAUAUGCUAGAAGAUUUUUUGCAAGUUUUAUCAAAAACAUACUACUUGUAAAAGAAGAAAAAUCCAAAACCACCCCUUCAUAUGGAAAAUAAAACUUUAUUCCUACCAUUU